AUGUCGAGAGCGCUUCGAAGUGUGAAGAAUGUCACCAAGGGCUAUUCAUCAGUCCAAGUCAAAGUACGCAAUGCCACCAGUAAUGACCCAUGGGGCCCGACGGGCACGGAAAUGAGCGAGAUUGCUGCUCUGACCUUCAACAAUGAUUUCUCUGAGAUUGUGGACAUGCUGGAUAAGCGACUGAAUGAUAAAGGAAAGAAUUGGCGCCAUGUCUUGAAGUCGCUCAAGGUGCUAGACUAUUGUCUUCACGAAGGCUCAGAACUUAUCGUCACCUGGGCACGGAAGAAUGUCUAUAUCAUUAAGACUCUCCGCGAGUUUCAGUAUAUCGACGACGAGGGACGAGAUGUUGGUCAAAACGUCCGAGUAUCUGCCAAAGAGCUUACUGCCUUGAUCCUUGACGAAGAUCGUUUACGUAAUGAGCGGUCUGAUCGAAAACUCUGGAAGUCUCGCGUGAGCGGAAUCGACGAAGGCAUUCAUGGAUUUGGAGGAUCAAGUGCAGGUGCUGGUGGCCGUCGCCCCGACCGAGACAGGCGCGAACGCAGAAACCGCGAAGAAGAUGACACAGAAUAUCAAUUAGCCAUAGAGGCUAGCAAAGUUGAAGCAGAAGAGGACCGGAAGCGACGCGAAAGGGCAGCUAGGGAUGGCGACGAUGACGAUCUUGCAAAGGCGAUCAAGUUGAGUAAGGAGGAGGAGGAGCUGCGUAGGCGCGAAUUGGAGGAAAGCAACGCUCAGUCAUUGUUCGAUGAUACCCCUCCAGUCCAAGUCACCCAAGCACAACCGACGGGGUACAACCAGGGUUAUCAGCAGCAGCCUGCGGUCGACUGGUUCGGCAAUCCCAUUGAUACUCAGCAGCCUUUGACAACGGGUUAUCUCAACAACCAGUAUGCCCAACCUAAUGGCUUUCAGGCCACAGGUCAGCAAAAUGGAUUCGCCAGUGGAUUCCCGAUGCAACCCACAGGAUAUGAUCAGUUUGGACAACCGCAGAACCAAUUUUUUCAAAACCAAUCCCUUCAGCCCCAGCAUACUGCAUUCAAUAACAACAACCCCUACGGAACCAAUACUGUUUUCGGGCAGGCACAGCAGCCCCAGCAACAAGAAAACUACUUACAACCAGGCAGUCACAAUCCAUGGGCUACCCAGCAGCAAGGACUGGAUUCCCUCAAACCAAUGCCUACUGGAUCGAACAAUCCUUUUGCCUCGGGCAUCACUCGGCCCGUCUCACAGCCGUCUAGGCCUGGUCCACCAACAUUAAACACAUUAUCUGAAGAAAGAGCAACAACAGCUUUCAAUACCAUGCCGUCAGGACAAAAUCCUAUCACCAACUACCUGGCUCCUAGCCCAUUACAGUCAACCGCGACUUCAGGCAGGCCCUCUCGGGCAGAUGACGGGCAAUAUGCUAAACUCAAUGCUCUUCUUGCAAGUGGCGAAGGCCAGGAUACAUUUGGCAAUGUUGGUGACUUGCGUAUUCCUGCUCAUCAUACCGCCCCUGGCACCUUUAUAAACUCUGCGGGUCAAGGAUUUGAUCGGAUUAACGCUACUCGGACUGGCAAUCCUUUUUUUGGUCAACAAUAUACCGGUGUGCCUCAACAAACUGGUUUCACCCAGUCUAGCAAUCCUUUUGGUGCUCAUGGACAGCAGCAUCAACAAGGCGGGAGCUUGAUCGAUCUAUAA